AUGCGUUUCUUUUUCUGUGUACUCCCACUCCUCGCCGCCAUAGCUGCGGUAACGAGUGAAACGCGUGGAUGUAAGGCAACAGCGGAUUGCCCUCGAUUUCAUAAAUGCACACUAAACAUAUGUCUCAUGCCGCGGCAACGCUGCGCCCAUGGCCGGCUGUGCGCUCAGGGGCAACACUGCUGCAGUUGGAGCGGCGAUCCCGAGCUCGGAAGUUGCCAGCCACUGGACGUCUAUUGC